GAGGCGGCUGGGCUGCAGACCGAGCCCUGCUGCCCGCUCCAGCCAUCACUCACACCCUUCUCACGGCCGAGGAAACCACAGCCUGCCAAGAUGUGCAAGGGAUUAGCAGCGCUGCCCCACUCGUGCCUGGAGAGGGCCAAGGAGAUCAAGACGAAGCUGGGCACGCUGCUCCAGAAGCCUGACUCGACCAUUGACUUCAUCAUCCCGUAUCCUGAGAAGCCAGAGAAGCCACCCAAGGCCCAGAAGCCGUCUCCGGAGGAGGCUCUGCAGUGGCGCGACUCCUUGGAGAAGCUCCUGCAAAACCCCUAUGGGCUGGCCAGCUUCCGCAGCUUCCUGCGCUCCGAGUUCAGCGAGGAGAACGCCGAGUUCUGGGUGGCCUGCGAGGACUACAAGAAAACCAAGUCCCCCGUGAAGAUGGCAGAGAAGGCCAAAAAGAUCUACGAGGAGUUCAUCCAGACUGAGGCACCCAAAGAGGUGAACAUCGACCACUUCACCAAGGCUGUGACCAUGAAGAACCUGGUGGAGCCUUCCCCAACCAGCUUUGACAUGGCCCAGAAGAGGAUCUUUGCCCUGAUGGAGAAAGACUCCCUGCCCAGAUUUGUGCGGUCGGAGUUUUAUCACGAGUUAAUCAAGUAGCAGUGCAGCAGGGCUGUGCCAGGCGCCCCCGCUGCUUCUGUCUGAACACCUGCCCCUUCUCCUGCUUUGCUUUCUCCAUUCCUCCCUGGAAGAGCACCCAGGGGUGCUGCUAAACACCUCCCCCUUGCUUUGGACUGUCAGAUGUCCUGGUGUUUCCUCUUUUCCCAUCUUUUUUCCUCUCCCACAAAAGACCAAUUGGCAGAAGCUCCCUGGAGUUGAGACCCAGAAGGGUGAGGUGUGGCCAGGAGCCACAUGGCCAGCUGACACAUCCCUGGUGCUGUGGAGCUUGGCAUUAGCUGGAGGCUCUGAGGUGCUGACUUUGCCUUCUUGGGACUCCCUAGAACGUGACAAUUCCUCUCCCAGUGUUGCCCACAUUGUUGGUUUGGCCCAGGCUCGCUCCCUCUCCCAACUCCCCGGGGUGCUGCUGACACUGCCCAGGUACCCUGCAGGGGCUCCCCUCCCUGGCCAGGGUGAGGUGAGACACAUCCACUGCCUGAUUGGCAUCACCUUCCCUCUGAGAGCAGCUGCCAGGCCCAGGGGCAGCCGGCAGGGCCACGGCAGGGACAGCAGUGACACGUACAGCGAGGAUGGCACUGUGACCAGGAUGGCAGGGACCGCUGUACGGCACAGCCAGGCACCCCUGGCUGGCACCAGGGCUGGGCAGAGCGAGCCUGGCACCUCUUCCCCACAGCUCCACUCAGACUCAGCCUGUCUGCUUCACUCCACAUACAAAACAAGAGGAUAAAAUGUGACCUGCUGGUCCAAAGCACCAGGACUGCCCAGCACCCCAGACCUCCUGCUUGCUGCAGCCUUUGCACGGUGCCCUGAGCCCCCAGGGCACAUCCUGUGCCCCAUCCUGUGCACAGCCCUGCUGGGGUGCUGGGAUGGCAGCUCUGGGGCUGUGCAGGGCUCCCUUCUUUCAGCUGCUUCUCUCUCUGCCAAAGCAAAACUUCUGCAGAAACCAAACCCAGGGGUGUCCAGCACAGCAGGGAGGGAAAUGAAAGCUGAAAUUCCAGCUGUUCAGAUCCAGCCUGAAAAACCCAAACCAAACCCAAAAAACAAAACUCAAACUCAAACUCAUCAUUGGAAACAUGAAAAAUAACCCCCUUGGCUUCUAAAACAGAGAUGAGACCCUGCUGGGUUUGUGUAGCCUGCACCCCUCUCUCUAUCUGCCCAGGCCAUGUGUUUCCAUAGGCUGUCUCUAAAAAGGACCAGCUGAUUUCUAAUGGUUCAAAGCCAGCCCUCUGCUAACAGAAUAAACCACACCUGAGGACAGGGCAAGGCCAUACACGACAAGCAGCCCCCGGGGUCUCGUUUCAGCUCUGAGGGAAAUGUGAUAAACCCCUGGAUGGUUCAUCCCCGUGUUGGUUUCCUGUCUCAUCCCCAGGGUCAUGGCUUGCAAGGAGCUGCUUCAGCUUCAACCUGGCAGGUGCCAGCAAACAUCCCUGACCCUGCUGCCCACAGACACCCCAGAGCAUCCUCUUCCCCGGGCUGCUCAGCCUCUCUGCAAGUCAUGGUACUCUGUGCAAAAUGCAAUGACAUAAACAGCGCCUUUGCCAGCCUCUUCAAGACUUGCAAAGUCUCAUCAAAACCCCACCAGCCCCAAAUAUUUACACAUUGUCACUAUGGCAAUGAAGAAAAAUACAUCCCGAGCUGCAGGAAAUGGGCUGUGCUUUCCAGGGAGGAGCAGGGAGGCAGGGCAAGGAUGGAGGCAGUCACAAACGUGACUCUUUUUUUAAGCUCUGGAGCAAAAGGCCUGGGAAAGUCGGUGCUGGAGCAGCAGGGGUGAUGCUUGCAGGCAUUCCCCUGGGGUGAGUGCAGAGGGUGACCCUAAAGAGCCCAGGGGAGCUGCAGGAGGGUCCCAUCAAAAGGGCACAGGUGCCCCUGUGA